GUCCAUCCAGAUCCAUGUGAGCCACCGAGCAUUUAAAUAAGUUGCGAGGAUCCCGCUCCACCCUGCCUCCCUUGGCCGUUCUAGAAGACAUCCACCCUUAACCAUCAUCACUCAUACACACAACAUCCAUCGACUGUUUACCACAACAUCACCAUACUUCUCUGUUCGUAUGACAGCAUCGCUACAACAACUGCCAUCCAGACAGCCGCAACGGCCUGAAUACGACAACACCGUCCCACUGCCGACUUCACUCACGCGUCACUUCGCAUCCUCCACAAUGCCACCCCGCGCGUCGUCUGCGGAACCCGCAGCCAAGUCCUCGAAAAGAAAGGGCACCCGCAGCGUGUCUACCCUCACACCGUCACAGCUGGCCCGCAAGAGAGCCAACGACCGCGAGGCCCAGCGUGCCAUCCGCGCUCGCACAAAGGAGCACAUUGAGCGUCUCGAGCGCGAGCUGGACGAGCUCCGCAGCCACCAGUGCCGCGACCGCACGGUCCAGGAACUCCUCCGACGGAACAAGGCCCUCGAGGAUGAGCUUCGUCGCUUGAAGGAGAACAUGGGCACCGUAUCCAUGAACUCGUCGCCGUACUCGGCCCCCGCAGUGUUUGACGACAACCUCAGCACAACGAGCGGCGGCGCCCCUCCUAUUCCCAGCCCGCAGAUGUCGCCGUUGCCUUCGGCCGCCGACUAUGCGCCUCUGCAGGAGUUUGGCCACCAGCAACAGCAGCAGCACCAACAUCAGCAGCACCAGCAGCACCAGCAGCAUCAGUACGUGGGCAUGCCAAACAGCUGCGAGUCAUGGGCCGCCACCAUUCCCAGCACCGCUGCAGGCAUGCCGCCCAGCGUGCCGAGCCCAUCGCCAUCCAUUGCCGAUGAGUACGGCGCCUCGGCCGCGUACAUCCCCACGAGCGUGCCCGCGUCCAUGAUGCCUUCCAACAACAAGGACGUCAAGCUGGAGUUUGACAACAUGCAGUCCAUGAGCCAGGGCUACAUGCACCACGAUCACCCUCACCAGCCCCAGCAGCGAAAUGCCGCCUGGAACGUGUACCCCAUGUACUAUGACGGGGCGCAGCAGGCCGUGGGCGUUUCGCGAUGACAACUACCGUGGGCGCAGCUCGGCUCCGUGCAGGGCUGAGUGACUUUGUUCGAGGCAGCAACUGCUUGGCAAGCACACGCCAGUGCAAGCAAGCUGGCGGGGUUUCCCGACGAACCCGACGAACCCGACCAGUCGCAUGAUUGGUCGACAGCGGCAGCAAAUCGUCGUGAAGCUUCAGACAAAGCGAACGUCGGUGGUCAUCCAGGUGUGCGAAAGAAAAGGCUGAGCCGAGGCUCUGGCCCAAACCGCCACCCUCGACGCUGCGACAAACCGUCGAGUCCGCCGGCUCCACCGUGUCACGACGACUCACAGCCAAAGCCGAGCCUUCCAAAUCGCCACUCGGGCACCCACACCAGCGUCCGCAACACAAGAUGCGGCAAGGACUGGAUAAAGGGAUGCCCGGACAGCCUCAGCGAAAGUUCCUCAACUGCACACUGCGGCCAAGGACGGGCCGGCAUGGGCGCUGUCCGGACCAACACGACCACGACCGAUACGACAAUGCAUGCAACGGAAUAGGUACUUUUUUUAUUAGGUGUAUUAUGUGUGUACAACAAGAACAACAAGGCGGGAAACUUGGGUCAUUGGUUCUAUUUUUUACAACUUCGGUCUUCUGGUGUUUUGGGGUUCGUGGACACAGAAAAAGAGACAGGGAAUACCAUGGAUGGCGAAGGGGCGCGCUUACAAGUAGAAAGGCGAAAGGGGGUUGGGGAGGCUGACAGGCUCUUCCCUAUCAGAGAAAGAGAUACCUGUGUUUUUUCCUUGUCAUGGUCAUGAAGCACUACUACCUACUAUUACUAUACAGGACUUAGAGCAAGAUAUCACAUCACUCUACGCGACG